GAAUCACCAGCGAUCGGUUUCGAUAAAUGAUUUGUUGCGGGUUGAAAGAAUGUAUCGAUGCAAGUCGAUACUUGUCGAAGAAUACGCCCGCCCACUAUUGAGGAUUAUCGUCACUACGGAAAUCUUACGUAUACCCCACAACUCAACUUGUUGGUUCUGACAAAACACCUGUUAAUCUAGCUCGUUUUGAUGUAUACCCACGAAUAAUGGUAAUCCACAAAUUAAUACGUUGGUCGAGCCGGCUGAUUUGAGCGGAUUCCUGUGGUCGGCAUUAAAUUUCGUUGGUUGAAGAGUUGUCAGCAUGGAUACUGGAAUUUUGUGCUCCAUUCUCCGCGUCAGUCAUGUAGGCCAGUGAUUGUCUGGGAAAUCGAACAAUGUCCAGAAAUGUCAGAAAUUUUCUAACAAGUGUUGGUGAUGUUCUUACGCAUGUUGGAAAUGCACGUUGGAGGCUGAGUAAAAUGUGAGCAGUUUCCCCGCACUAGGGUUGGGGAGGUUCAUCUGUUGAGAUUGUUGUUUCUUCAUCUCGUCUUUUGUUUCUUAUUUAAUUUGUCUCCAAGUCCCCAGACAUGCUGGAGUUUGUUUACGUGCAACUAUCUGCUGUAUCAUCUUCUUCAUUUUUCAAUCUUGUUUAUGUAUAAAUAUUCGUUUGAACCGACCAUCAUGGCAACAUUUUUCAAGGGAGCAGAACCUACUACCUCUAGUACGAAAGAACUUUUACCCAAUCUUGUCGAUGCAAUUGCUGCAACGGAACCUGAAGCUAUCUUUGCCGAAUAUCCUGUUAAUCCCGUCAGUUACGAAGCUGGCUAUCAAAAGUUCUCAUAUGGAUCUCUAGCAAAUGCUGCUAAUGGUGUAGCUUGGUGGCUUCAAGAAAAGCUAGGCCCUGGGGAAGACUUUCCUGCCUUGGCUUACAUUGGUCCUAAUGAUAUCACCGUCAAUGCUUUCUUAUUGGGAGCUGUCAAAACCGGAUACAAGGCCCUUCUUAUAUCACCAAGAAACAGUAUACGUGCGCAAGAGAAUCUACUUAUUUUUACCAAAUGCAAAACUCUGGUCACAACAAGCCCCCAAUCAGCUCAACUACAACCCGUGAUAGCUGCUCUUUCUUCAAUGGGCGUUCAAAUACUCGAACUACCUAACAUUUUAAAUCUGACCGAAAAAUCUCACGAAAAAUUCCCAUUCAAGAAAACUUUUGAGGCUGCUAAAGAUGAGCCUUUUGUGGUUCUACACACUUCUGGAACCACAGAAUUACCGAAACCUAUCGUGUGGACACAUGAUUACAUAGCUACGGCCACACAGCGGAAUGAAACCCCGGCCGGUUAUGUUAAUCAAAUGGAAUUAUACACCGGAGUUCGUAUCUUUAAUACAUUUCCAAGUUUCCAUGCGGCCGGUGUCUUCUUUGGUUUAAUCAACGGGAUAUCCAGACGGAGUGUUUCCAUAUAUCCAAUAGCUGGUCUCCCUUCGGCCAGUCUUUUGAUUGAUGGUCUCAAGCAUAAUAAUGCUGAUAUCGCGGUUCUCGUACCGCCCUACGUUGUUGAUCUUGCACAAAGUAAAGAGAGUCUAGACUUCGUUGCUGCAAAUUUGAAACGGAUUUUCUACCUAGGAGGUGCUAUUCCACCAGCCGCUGGAGAUGUUAUCUCUUCAAAAAUCGAACUUAUCGGCCACGUAGGAGCUACAGAGACGGGAUUUUAUCCUUCCAUGAAGCCAGUCAACACGCGAUCAAACUUUUGGGGUCACCAUCAAUUUGAUCCCAGUGCAAAUAUAUCCUUCGAGCAUCAGGCUGAUGAUCUUUAUGAAGCUGUCUGGAAUAGAAACCUUGAUCUUGAAAAAUUACAACCUAUCUUCAAAACAUUUCCAAAGCUUCAACAGUGGAGAUCAAAAGAUCUCUACUCGCCACAUCCUACAGAACCAGAUCUUUGGCUUUACCGUGGUCGAGGAGAUGAUAUUAUUGUCUUCCUCACAGGAGAAAAAACAAAUCCCAUUUCCAUGGAACAUCGACUCAAUCAACACCAAGAUAUCCGUCAAGCAAUGGUUAUUGGUGCAUUGAGAUUUCAAGCCGCUCUUUUGAUCGAGCUUGUCGACCAAAAGCCAAUGACUGCGACAGAAAGGGCAGAAGUUAUUGAACAUAUUUGGCCUGCUAUAGAAGAUGCUAACUUGACAUGUCCAGCACAUGCCAGAAUUGCAAAAUCUCACAUUCUUUUCACCGAACCAGGACGUCCAAUCUUAAUGUCAGCGAAAGGAACUAUACAGCGAAGUCCCACGUUGAGAGAAUAUGCUUCCGAGAUAGAGAAGUUAUAUAUUGAUGCUGAUAAAAUGUCUGCAUACAGCGCAGGUGAGAAUGAUGAAAAUGAAGAGCACGUAGGUAUUCAUGAUAUCGAGGCAGUACAUAAACUGUUACGUCAAACUGUUCUCAAAGUCACUAAAUGGGACGAGGUCAAAGUACAGGAUGAAGAUAAUCUUUUUGUUCAAGGUAUGGAUUCUCUGCAAGCGUUGCAACUCAUUCGACAUUUAAGAAAAGCUCUAAACAAGCCUGGUCUCGCUAUCUCUAUCUUAUACACCAAUCCUUCCAUUGCUCAAUUACUCAAAUCAAUCAUCGCUAUGUCUAAAGAUGAGUCUAGUACAAAUACAAUGAAUACAUCGAUUCGUCGUCGUCAGAUUGAGGAAACUCUCCAACAAUACAUUCAACUCGUUGAUGAAAUCUCUAGUGAGCAUGAGCUUGUGGAAAAUUCUUCCCUGGUCGAUGAACAUGUAGUUGUCUUGACGGGAUCGACUGGUUCUCUUGGAUCAUAUAUCCUAAGGAAAUUGAUGCAAGAUAAAUCUGUAUCACAUGUUUACUGUUUAGAUCGAACAUCCUCUGCUCAUUCCCGCCAUCUGGAAAAGAACAAGAUGAACAACGAAUCCACAGAUUUCCCAACUUCUAAAGUCACAUUCCUCAAGACAGAUCUCUCUAAGCCCAACCUCGACCUCGAUGACGAAACAUACAAACGGAUUCAAAAUUCUGCAACAGAUAUCAUCCACAGUGCUUGGCCGGUAAGCUUUAACCUCUCUCUCGAAACAUUUAAGCCACAACUCGAUGGGAUAAUCAAUCUUCUCACUUUCUUCUCCGCAAGUCCAAAUCAUGUCUCUAUUCUAUUCGUAUCAUCCAUCAGUUCAAUUCUAGGUCUCGAAUCAACAUCCAUACCCGAGAAAAUCAUUGAAGAUACAUUGGCACCUCUUCAAAUGGGCUACGCAGAGAGUAAAUUCAUCUCCGAACGUAUUCUUGACCACGCUGCUAAGAAAUUGUCUGUCGAUAUAAAGAUUGCUCGUGUGGGUCAAAUCGCAGGUCCUGCUUACACAUCCGGUGUAUGGAAUAAAUCCGAAUGGAUGCCUAGUCUAGUAGUUACUUCUUUCAAUAUGGGCUUUGUACCAGAAACCCUUGGUGGCGAUGAGAUGAAACUCGAUUGGGUGCCGAUUGAUAUUCUUUCAUCUUCACUAGUUGGCCUCUCAUUCAACAGAGAUCCUAGAACCUCUGAAUUCGGUGCCAGGGUAUUUCAUCCGUUGAAUCAGAGUCCUACAGCGUGGAAUGCUCUACUCCCGAUUAUCUUGGAUACGUUAAAUUCUUUGAACCCCAACUUAACUAUGACGUCAGUCCCAUACACCAUCUGGCUUAAAAAAUUGAAAGAUACGACACGAGAAAGUGCGUCUAGUACUACGGAGUUGGAAGGGAUAUUGGAAAGGUAUCCCGCGAUUAAAUUGCUUGGAUUUUUUGAGACGUUGCCCGAGACCAAGUGGUCAGAUAAAGAUGUGGGGAAGGCGAUUGAAGCUAGUGUGCAUUUGAAGGGAUUGAAGGGGAUCGAGGGGGUUUGGAUGAAAAAAUGGGUUGAGGGUUGGAUUUCGGGUUCGUGUUGAGUGAUGAUAGGUGAUGUGCUUUUGGUGGGAGACUUGUGAGGAAGUUAGAUGGGUGUUUCGGAUGUGAUGGGUAGGGAAAAAAUAUAGGACAUUUUACA